AUGGCAGCAGACAAGGUACAGGAAUCCAUCGCAGUUGAGCACAUGGAAUCCCAUCGCGAUGACUCAAAGCCGGCCGGGGGUGCGGCGAUUGAGGAGUUCCUUCAGUCGGAAAAGGAGAUUUCGACAUGGCAGGCUAUCAAGACGCAUAAGCGGAUCUUGGGUUAUGCCAUCUUCUCAUUUGCAUGUGCCAUGAACUACGGCUACGAUACCAUCUCCAACGGCUCCAGCAUCGCCAUGCCAGCGUUCAUCAUCUCUUUUGGAGCCGUGGACGAAGCCACGGGGUCUCUCUAUCUUCCGUCUAUAUGGACGUCUCUGUGGACAUCCAUGACAAACCUCGGUCAAGCUAUCGGUGCCUUUAUGGCUGGKGCUCUUGGGCAGACAAUAGGUCGUCGCUACACUGCGAUGAUCUUCGCCGUCAUGUCAGUUGCAGGCACAUUUUUACUCUUCUUUGCGACUAGCAGAGGAAUGUUGCUGGUCGGAAAGAUCAUUAAUGGUGCUGUUGUGGGUGGAUUGAUGUCUCUUGGAACGACGUACGCUGCGGAUAUUGCCCCCAUCAAACUUCGAGGCGCUCUCUUGCAGGCUAUCGUCUUUUUCGCCGUGGCUAUACAAGGCGUGAGUUUGGGCGUUGUUCGCGCUUUUGUUCCUAACAUACAUCCCAUCGCGUGGAAAAUUGUCUUUGCGAUUCAAUGGAUCUUUGCCGUGCUGGUAUUUGCUUUGUCAUGGGUCGUUCCGGAAUCUCCUGUUUUCUGCGCGGCCAAAGGCAAAGCCGAACAAGCUCGCCAUGCCCUCAGACGUCUUCACGGUAACGACCCCGACCUUGAGCUCCGCUACCAAGCCAUCGUCCACGCCCUCGAGGAAGAGCGCCGCCAACAAACCGCAUCAGCGUCUUGGACCGAACUCUUCAAGGGCUCCAACCUCAAGCGAACCCUUACCAUCGCAUUCAUCAUGUUCAGCACCAGCGCAAUUGGUAUUCCCUUCUUGACUCAGAAUAUCUAUUUCCUCUUCACCGUCGGCUUAGCCGCCACCAGCGUGUUCGACAUUGGCAUUGGUGGUUUCUUCCUCGGUGCUCUCUUCAUCAUUCUCGGUUGGGUAUCAAACGACAAGAUCGGUCGCAGAAGGUUAUGGAUUUAUGGUCUAAUUGGCAAUUUCCUUGGCAUGGUUACUGUUGGCGGUCUUGCAUACAGCGGGACUCAAGGAAGCUACUGGGCCAUCGGAAUCAUCAUGAAUCUUCUCAUCUCCUACGGAACCUACGCCACAGUUGGCGUUGCAUGGACAAUCUGCCCCGAAAUCGGCUCCCAUCGCCUCCGCCAAUACUCGCAGUCUGUCGGCUUCUUCGUCGGUGCCGUUUCAGGCUGGCUCUUCUCGUUUGUGACCCCGUACAUGUAUAACGUUGACUCCGGCAACCUUGGAGCUAAAACUGGUUUUAUUUACGCCGGUUUGACCAUUAUUGUGUUUGCCAUCUCCUGGUUCCUUAUUCCUGAGACUGCUGGUUUGUCGGUUGAGGAUAUUGAUAAUGCGUAUGAGAAGGUGAUUGAUACCACUGCUUCGCAACCCCAGGUCAAGCGGACCAAGAAGGUGAUCCCAACAACUACAGACGAUGUGCCGCAACCUGUCGAGACACCCUCAAAGAAACGUGGUCGUCCACGAAAGGAGUCUUUAGCUGCGAAUGAGAAUCAAGCAUCUUCGGCGAAGAAGCGUGUUUCGGCUGAGGAAAGUGUCAGGAAGGAAGCGUUAGAGACCCCGUCGAAGAAACGAGGUCGCUCGGCAAAGGAUGCUGCAAUUGUGAAGAGUGCCGAGCCGUCUUCGGCAAAGAAACGAGGUCGUCCUGCGAAAGAUGCGUCAACAGGGACAGCAAGCAAAACCACCUCACUCACGAAAAGGGGAAGACCCACGAAAGAGACAUCUGCAGAUACUCCAGCAAAAACCGCCACGAAGGCCAAGGCCAAGUCAACGCCGACCAAGAAGACUACUACUGCUCAACCCGGUAAAAGAGGUCGACCAGCCAAGUCAAAGGCCGUUGUCGUCGCCUCAACUGCAAAGAGCGGUUCCCGCAGCGCCAAAUCCUCACCUCAAAAGACCUCAUCGCCCAAGAAAUCAUCAGCAGCAGCAGCAGACUCCUUCCCUUCAACGAUUGGCGACGUCCUCGAACUCAACAGCGCAGAAAUCGAGGACCAAUGGCCCGACGUAGCUAAGAAUCUCAGCCUUGAAUUCCACGAAGACGCCAAAUCCAAUAUUAUCUGGGGUAAAUUCGAUAUUGGUAUCUACGAGGGCUAUCUCCGGCACAAGGGACUGCACUUGAAGCAGAAGAUGAAUUUCAAUUAUCGAAGCAUAGAAUAUGGAACUGGUGAGGAGAAAUGGGGUGUGUGCGAAGUCGAAUUUCAGGGGCAAAAGUUCACGGCUACGUUCUCGGAGUGCGUUGGAGGUGUUUCGGUGGAAGGGGUCGUGGAUUCGAAGAAGUCUAGUGUGAGCGGACAUGAUGCCUUGUAUUUUGCGAAUGGCUGGAAAGACUUAGCAAUGAAGAUUACAGAGAUCGAAGGCGACCUCUUCGACGCCCCCGAUGGCGCUGUGCUUAUUCAUGCAUGUAACUGCCUCGGCUCCUGGGGCGGCGGAAUCGCCAAAGUCUUCCAGGAUAAAGUACCUACCUCCAUCUCCAUCGUUAUCUACAUAACUAACAUCUCUCGUCCGCAGUACCCCGCAGCCUACAAAAUUUACAAUAAGCACUGCCGGGCCUUGCUCAAACAAAAACGCGCGCACACUGUUGUACACUCCGAAACGAAUAACUCCAAAACCGUCAACCUGCCUCUGGGCACGGCCCUAAUUAUUCCACCCCAAUCUCAAGACUAUACCUCUUCUUCAUCUACACCGGGAGGAGAUAAAAAGAAGCACUGGAUCGUAUGCCUAUUCACAUCGCGAGCCUAUGGCCGGGGUGUAAGUAAACCGGAUGUUAUUCUCGAGAACUCGGUUCAUGCAAUUCGAGAUAUGCGGAAACAACUCGAAGAACUAUUUGAGAACGACGACGAAGCGGAGAAAUGGGAUGGAAAGAUAUAUUCGUGUCGGUUCAAUUCGGGUCUAUUCGGCGUGGAAUGGAAGGAUUCGAAACGCAUUUUAGAGAAGGAGCUGGAUGGGAUGGUGGGCGUUGAGGAAGUUGUUGUUGUGCGACCUGAAGGGGAGGGAAAAUGA